UCCAAUCCAGGAAGUAGCGGCGAUCUCCAGUUCUUCAGCAAUCAACAUGGCGCUUUUAAAAGGGCUGCUUCCUACAGCUUUGCGUUAUUGUGGCGUUUAUCCCCAGAUGUUAAUCCAGCUAAGUCAGAGAAACAUUACUUCGCCAGUCCAGAUCAAAAGAAUGGAUCACCUUGUUUUGACAGUAAAGAGCAUUGAAAAUACUGUCACCUUCUACUCUCAAACACUGGGAAUGCAAGUUGUCACUUUCAAGGGCAAUCGCAAAGCACUUUCCUUUGGAAAUCAGAAAUUCAACUUGCAUGAAAUUGGAAAGGAAUUUGAGCCAAAAGCCCACAAGCCCACAGCAGGAUCUAUUGAUCUUUGUUUAAUCACAGACACACCAAUAAGCAAAGUGAUUGAACAUCUUAAGGUUUGUGGAGUUAACAUUGAGGAAGGACCUGUUGAGCGAACUGGAGCAGUGGGUCCAAUUACUUCAAUCUACUUCAGAGAUCCAGACAAUAAUUUAGUUGAAGUUUCCAAUUACCAUUCUGACCAAUAGUAAUCACAACAGCAAAUAUUGUUCAAAUCUGCCCAAGAAAGAAACCAACAAGAUCUAUUACUGUAUAUAUAUAUAACUACAGGGACACAACUCCAUAAUCAAUGUGCAAUGCGGUAGCUGAAUCAAGGAAGUUCAAUUUUGAGACAAUAUGCAUUUUGAUCUACCAAUAAGGUGACAGAAUAUCAAUCUUUGACAGAUCAAUCUUUUUAAGUGUUUUUAUACUUACUGGACUACAAAUAUUUUCUGAUCAUUCCACGUGAAAAAUGAUCGGAAAAGAUUAAUUUGUGAAACGUCAACACUCUGAAGAUUCAUAAAUGUUUACUAUUAAUUUCCAGUCUGUAUUUAAAUAAUUCUCUGUACUGUCAAUAUUAUUUGAAUAAACACUUCUGACCAGCACAAAAGGUAUUCUGGUCUACCAAUAAGGUGAUAGAAGGAGGAUAAUAUCAAUCUUUGGCUGAUUAAUCUUUUAAAAUGUUUUUUAAACUUAAUGGAUAACAAAUAUUUUGUGAUUAUUGUAAAUGAAAAAUGACCGGAAAAGAGUAAUAUACAAAACAUCACACCCUGAAGAUUCAUAAAUGAUUACUAUUAAUUUUAAUUUAAGAAUUCAAUGAACUAUCAAUAAUAAAUCAAUAAAUACUCCUAAGCAGCACAAAAGUUAAUGCACAAGCUCCUUAUUUCUAAUAUAUAACACAGUUCAGGUUGAUAAGAAGGAAAUAUUCCCUCAGGAUGAUUGCUUUGGCAAAUUGAGAUGAUCACAGGAUUGUUAAACAGGGUAAUCUCUGUAUGGAAAGCCAUUUAGUUCACUGGGUCUUAUACAGAAGAAGAGCAACCAGUAAGCUCAUGGACCUAAAGGUUUGUCAGCUGAGGAAAAGAAAAUCAAAUACUUUUGUAACUGAAUCCAAAAGCAAACAAAUCGAAUUCUCAUUCAGUAGACUGUGGGACGAUGUUUCUUCUGGUUAGAAACAUAGAAACCCUACACAUGUCCCUACCUUAGCAAUUACUAGGCCUACCCAUAGCCCUCUAUUUUUCUAAGCUCCAUGUACCUAUCAAAAAGUCUCUUAAAAGACCCUAUUGUAUCUACCUCCACCACCGUUGCCGGCAGCCCAUUCCACACACUCACCAAUCUCUACGUAAAAAAACUUACCCUUGACAUCUCCUCUGUACCUACUCCCCAGCACCUUAAACCUGUGUCCUCUUGUGGCAACCAUUUCAGCCCUGGGAAAAAGCCUCUGACUAUCCACACGAUCAAUGCCUCUCAUCAUCUUAGACACCUCUAUCAGGUUGCUUCUCAUCCUCCGUCGCUCCAAGGAGAAAAGGCCGAGUUCACUCAAACUGUUUUCAUAAGAUAUGCUCCUCAAUCCAGACAGCAUCCUUGUAAAUCUCCUCUGCACCCUUUCUAUGGCUUCCACAUCCUUCCUGUAGUGAGGCGACCAGAACUGAGCACAGUAUUCCAAGUGGGGUCUGACCAGGGUCCUAUAUAGCUGUAACAUUACCUCGCGGCUCCUAAAUUCAAUUGAACGAUUAAUGAAGGCCAAUACACGGUAUGCCUUCUUAACCACAGAGUCAACCUGCACAGCUGCUUUGAGCGUCCUAUGGACUCAGACCCCAAGAUCCCUCUAUCCUCCACACUGCCAAGAGUCUUACCAUUAAUACUAUAGUCUGCCAUCAUAUUUGACCUACCAAAAUGAACGACUUCACCCUUACCUGGGUUGAACUCCAUCUGCCACUUCUCAGCCCAGUUUUGCAUCCUAUCAAUGUCUCUCUGCAAUCUUUGACAAUCCUCUACACUAUCUACAACGCUACCAACCUUUGUGUCAUCAGCAAAUUUACUAACCCAUCCCUCCACUUCCUCAUCCAGGUCACUUAUAAAAAUCAUGAAGAGUAAGGGUCCCAGAAUAGAUCCCUGAGGCACACCACUGGUCACAGACCUCCAUGCAGAAUAUGACCCAUCUACAACCACUCUUUGCCUUCUGCGGGCAAGCCAGUUCUAGAUCCACAAAGCAAUGUCCCCUUGGAUCCCAUGCCUCCUUACCUUCUCAAUAAGCCUUGCAUGGGGUACCUUAUCAAAUGCCUUGCCGAAAUCCAUAUACGCUACAUCUACUGCUCUUCCUUCAUCAAUGUGUUCUCUAGCUAGAGAGUUUCAUUGGCCAAUCGGGCUGUAAUGGAUCUGGGAAGGCUCUACACUCUUUGGAUGAACUGUUCAGAUUCAGCAUCAGCCUCACUUGGACUAGGGGAACAGAUUACAGGGGAAUCUUAAUCAAUUGGGCAAGUGGCCAAGGAGUGGCAAACGGAUUUCAAUGCAGGCUUGUGGAGUUAACAUUGAGGAAAGACCAGUUAACCAAAGAGAAUUGGGUUCGAUUACUUCAAUCUACUUCAGAGAUCCAGACAAGAGUUUAAAUUCCAAUUGCCAUUCUGACCAACAGUAAUCACAACAGCAAAUAUUGUUUGAAUCUGCACAAGAAAGAAACCAACCAGAUCUAUUAUUCCUCAUAUAAUUAUAGGAACACAAUUCCAUAAUCAAUGUGCAAUGCGGUAGCUGAAUCAAGGAAGUUCAAUUUUGAGACAAUAUGCAUUUUGAUCUACCAAUAAGGUGACAGAAUAUCAAUCUUUGACAGAUCAAUCUUGUUAAGUGUUUUUAUACUUACUGGACUACAAAUAUUUUGUGAUUAUUCCACAUGAAAAAUGACAGGAAAAGAGUAAUUUGCGAAACGUCACACUCUGAAGAUUCAUAAAUGAUUAUUAUUAAUUUCCAGUCUGUAUUUAAACAAUUCUCUGUACUAUCAAUAAUAUAUCAAUAAACACUUCUGA